UGACAAGCGCCCUUCGUUCGCGACAGACAUUCCUUCUCAACGCUCUCGUGCGUCAGUUUCUCUUUCUGUGGCGAAUAAAUUUUGUAUCGCUGCAAGAUGUCUUCGCACAGAAAAAAUACCCUAGUCGUGGACUUCGGCGUAUUACCGAAGCGACCCGGCUUACAACAAGUGGAAAAAUUCCUUAAAGAUUUCAUCAAAGUUGACCUGGCUGAUGUGAGAAACAUCCAGCUCCACAACAUCAAAAACUCUUUGUUCAUUGAGAUGAACGAUGCAGGCGUAGCCCCACGGCUACAAAAGCAGCACCACCUACAGCACUAUUUCACGAUCGAAGGAAUGAGAUACUACAUUCCAGUAUACGUGGAUUGUCCCACUACUACUGUCCGAGUCCACGAUCUGCCACCUCAAAUGGACAACGAUGUCAUCUCCGACCAUUUGCAGCAGUACGGGAAAGUGAUCUCCAUACAAAAUGAAGUGUGGAAGAACUAUUUCUCGGGGAUACCGAACGGCGUGAGAAUUGUUCGUAUGCGGUUGGAUAAAGCAAUACCAUCGCAUAUUGUGGUAAACAGCCAUAGCACAUACGUUAGUCGUGCGAACAAAAGCAAUCAAACGACGGCUCGUCGCACCAAGAAGCAGCCACACACAACAUCAUCCGACUUGGCUCAUGAACACGAUACCGACCAGAUCAACAACGACAUCGAAGACAACGAAUUACCGUCCGCGGCGACUCAAAUUGAAAGCGACGAUGACCACAGCGACGACGAGAAUGUCAACAACAACGACCACGGAUGGAAGAACGAGAACGGUGGAACGACAGAAAGUAUCGAUAAUGAUUCAGCGAAGCGGCGGUUGUCAACCGAGUCGAAUGGAACAAAGGAAGAAAAUAGAGCAAAACGAUCAUGCAAUCCGUGCACCCAGAAAUCCGAUCCAGAAUGGAAAAUGAUCACAAGAUCGAAGAAGAAGUGACGUUGUAAACAUUAAAAUUUUACGACACGAAUGCACCUUCGGUGUAAAGUGUCGCUAAUUAAAGUAAAUAAAUA